CCCCGCCCUCUACUCCGCCUUCCUCCCUAGUCCACCCCCCCGCCCUGCUCCGGGGCGGUCCUAGCCGCUCACCGCAAGAAGAAAAGCCACCCGUUCGUCCCCCUCCCCUACCUCCCAUCCUUUGCCCAGGAGCUGCCUUGGCAGUCACGCCCCUUCCUUCCGAGGAGCUUUCUGGCUGCCUAAACUGGUAGACCCUCUGAAUUACUCCUCCGUCUCCUCUCUCUUUCGCCUCCUCUUCUCUUAGUUCUCUCCGCCUCCCCCCCAACUACCACCACCUCCAGUCAGUCUCGCCUCCGACCAUCCGCUGCUCCACCCUCUGGCCCGGUAUCCUGCCUGUCCACUGCCACCAAGGAGAGCCCGGACGGAGCAGCGAGGAGGGGAGCAGCCGGGAGUUGGGGCUUCCCCCCUGCCCAUCCCUGGCCGCUGGCCCGGGACCGAAGCCACUUGAGCGAGCAGAGAGUCGUCACCUUGUCUUCGUUGCCUUCAGGGAGCUGCCGAGAAGGACAAAUAAAAUAGCAGAAGUGAAAGAGCUUUUGUUUCCUUAGAAGGAAGGCUGAGAAACUAAAGAGUGACCAGUGGUUGGACUCUUGGCGGCGCUUACCCUGAACCUGAGUGUUAGGGGAGAGGGAAUCUGCCGUUGCGGUUUCUGGAGCUGCUCAUAAGCAAGAAUUCCCUAUCCUGAUCAAGGCUUUAAGCCUAAAAGAAAGCAGAAAUAGGUCAAGGGCAGCCCAGGUGCCCAAUUUCUCUCUCUCUUCACAAGGCACCACCAGCAAUAGAGAUGAGAAAUUCUGAAGAACAGCCAAGUGGAGGGACCACAGUAUUGCAGCGUUUGCUACAAGAGCAGCUUCGCUAUGGCAAUCCUAGUGAGAAUCGCAGCCUACUUGCCAUACACCAGCAAGCCACAGGGAAUGGCCCUCCUUUCCCCACUGGCAGUGGGAACCUGGGCCCUCAGAGUGAUGUGUUGAGUCCCCAAGACCACCACCAACAGCUUGUGGCUCAUGCUGCUCGACAAGAACCCCAGGGGCAGGAAAUCCAGUCAGAAAACAUCAUCAUGGAGAAGCAACUGUCUCCUAGAAUGCAGAAUAAUGAAGAACUCCCGACUUAUGAAGAAGCCAAGGUUCAGUCCCAGUACUUUCGGGGCCAACAGCAUGCCAGUGUUGGAGCUGCCUUCUAUGUCACUGGAGUCACCAACCAGAAGAUGAGGACCGAGGGACGCCCAUCAGUUCAGCGGCUCAAUCCUGGAAAGAUGCACCAAGAUGAAGGACUCAGAGACCUUAAGCAAGGGCAUGUCCGUUCCUUGAGUGAACGACUAAUGCAGAUGUCACUGGCCACCAGUGGAGUUAAGGCCCAUCCACCUGUUACCAGUGCUCCCCUCUCCCCACCACAACCCAAUGACCUGUACAAGAAUCCCACAAGUUCCAGUGAAUUCUACAAGGCCCAAGGGCCACUUCCUAACCAGCAUAGCCUGAAGGGCAUGGAACACCGAGGCCCCCCACCAGAGUAUCCCUUCAAGGGCAUGCCACCCCAAUCUGUAGUGUGCAAGCCCCAAGAGCCAGGGCACUUCUAUAGUGAGCAUCGCCUGAACCAGCCAGGGAGAACAGAGGGGCAACUGAUGAGGUAUCAGCAUCCCCCUGAGUAUGGAGCAGCCAGGCAAGCGCAGGACAUCUCAUUGCCAUUGUCAACCAGGAGCUCUCAGCCUCACAGCCCUACUUCUUCUCUGACCUCUGGGGGGUCCUUGCCCUUGCUACAAUCUCCAGCAUCCACUAGAUUGUCUCCUGCCCGACACCCCUUGGUCCCAAACCAGGGAGACCAUUCAGCUCACCUGCCUAGGCCGCAGCAGCAUUUCCUUCCUAAUCAGGCUCACCAGGGGGAUCACUAUCGUCUCUCCCAGCCUGGCCUGAGUCAGCAGCAGCAGCAACAGCAGCAGCAGCACCAUCAUCAUCAUCACCACCAACAGCAGCAGCAGCAGCCACAGCAGCAGCCAGGAGAGGCCUAUUCAGCUAUGCCUCGGGCUCAGCCAUCCUCUGCUUCUUAUCAGCCAGUGCCAGCAGACCCUUUUGCCAUUGUUUCCAGAGCCCAGCAGAUGGUUGAGAUCCUCUCAGAUGAGAAUCGGAACUUGCGGCAGGAGUUGGAAGGAUGCUAUGAGAAGGUGGCAAGACUGCAGAAGGUGGAGACAGAAAUCCAGCGCGUCUCAGAGGCAUAUGAGAACCUCGUGAAGUCAUCCUCCAAAAGAGAGGCCCUAGAGAAAGCCAUGAGAAACAAGCUAGAGGGCGAGAUUCGGAGGAUGCAUGAUUUCAACAGGGAUCUGAGAGAGCGUCUAGAGACUGCCAACAAGCAGCUUGCGGAGAAGGAAUAUGAAGGGUCAGAGGACACCAGAAAAACCAUCUCGCAGCUCUUUGCAAAAAAUAAAGAAAGCCAGCGUGAGAAGGAGAAGCUGGAAGCGGAGCUGGCCACUGCCCGUUCUACCAAUGAGGACCAAAGACGACACAUCGAAAUCCGAGAUCAGGCCCUGAGUAACGCCCAGGCCAAGGUGGUAAAGCUGGAAGAAGAGCUGAAAAAGAAGCAAGUGUACGUUGACAAGGUGGAGAAGAUGCAGCAGGCCCUUGUACAGCUCCAGGCAGCAUGUGAAAAACGUGAGCAGCUAGAGCACCGUCUCCGGACACGACUGGAGAGGGAACUGGAAUCCCUAAGAAUCCAGCAGCGUCAAGGCAACUGUCAGCCCACCAGUGUUUCAGAAUACAAUGCCGCUGCGCUGAUGGAGCUCCUUCGGGAGAAAGAGGAGAGGAUUCUGGCUCUGGAAGCUGAUAUGACAAAGUGGGAGCAGAAAUAUUUGGAGGAGAAUGUGAUGAGACAUUUCGCUCUGGAUGCUGCUGCAACCGUGGCUGCUCAGAGGGACACAACAGUCAUCAGUCACUCUCCUAACACCAGCUAUGACACAGCUCUAGAAGCUCGCAUCCAGAAAGAAGAGGAAGAAAUCUUGAUGGCCAAUAAGCGUUGCCUUGACAUGGAGGGCAGGAUUAAGACCCUACAUGCCCAGAUUAUUGAGAAGGAUGCCAUGAUCAAAGUACUCCAACAGCGUUCCCGGAAGGAACCGAGCAAGACAGAGCAGCUGUCGUGCAUGCGGCCAGCGAAGUCUCUGAUGUCCAUUUCCAAUGCUGGAUCAGGCUUGCUCUCCCACUCAUCCACCCUGACUGGCACCCCCAUCAUGGAAGAAAAGCGAGAUGACAAGAGCUGGAAGGGGAGCCUAGGCAUUCUCUUGGGUGGAGACUACCGUGCUGAAUAUAUCCCUUCCACACCCUCGCCUGUGCCCCCCUCGACUCCCCUGCUCUCAGCUCACUCCAAGACAGGCAGCCGAGACUGCAGUACCCAAACUGAACGUGGGACGGAAUCGAACAAAACUGCAACUGUUGCUCCCAUCUCUGUUGCUGCUCCAGUUGCUGCUGCCGCCACUGCUGCCGCCAUCACCGCCACUGCUGCCACUAUCACCACCACCAUGGUAGCUGCUACUCCAGUUGCUGUUGCUGCUGCUCCAGCUGCUGCUGCUGCUGUUGCUACUGCCCCGUCUCCAGCCACCGCUGCUGCUAUUGCUGCUGCUGUUUCUCCAGCUGCUGCUGGUCAGAUUCCAGCUGCUGCCUCUGUUGCCUCAGCUGCUGCCGUUGCUGCUGCUGCUGCUGCUGCUGCUGUUCAGGUUGCUCCAGCUGCUCCGGCUCCGGUUCCAGCUCCGGCUCUGGUUCCAGUUCCGGCUUCAGCAGCGCCUCAGGCUUCUGCUCCUGCUCAGACUCAGGCACCAACUUCAGCUACGGCUGCGGCUCCAACUCCAGCUCCAACUCCAACUCCAGCUGUGGCUCAGGCUGAGGUUCCUGCAAGUCCAGCUACGGGUCCUGGACCACAUCGUUUGUCUAUACCAAGUUUGACCUGCAAUCCAGACAAAGCAGAUGGGCCUGUGUUCCACUCCAAUACUCUGGAAAGAAAAACUCCCAUUCAGAUCCUGGGACAAGAGCCUGAUGCAGAGAUGGUGGAAUAUCUCAUCUAA